AUGGAAAGUAUACCUCUUCUGAGUCCUUAUGAAACAGAAAGAUUCAGGUUUUCACACAGAACUGUACUGGCACCCUUGACAAGAGCCAGAUCAUAUGGCAAUCUUCCACAAUCGCAUGCCAUAUUGUACUACUCACAGAGGGCUACAGAGGGCUGUCUUCUGAUUGCUGAAGCCACAGGGGUGUCAUCUGAUGCUCAAGGGAUGAGUUUAAUUCCACACACCCCAGGGAUUUGGACCAAGGCACAAGUAGAGGCCUGGAAGCCUGUUGUGGAUGCAGUACAUGCAAAAGGUGGAAUAUUCUUCUGCCAGAUUUGGCAUGUAGGAAGAGCAUCUGAUAUGGGUUUUCAGCCUAAUGGCCAAGCUCCAAUAUAUAAGCUACUAAAACCUCAAGUGAGAUCUAAUGGCAUAGAUAUUGCAAAUUUCUCAACUCCAAGGCGAUUAGACACUCAUGACAUCCCUUUAGUUGUCAACGAUUUCAAAAAUGCGGCUAGAAAUGCAGUUGAAGCUGGAUUUGAUGGUGUUGAAAUCCAUGGAGCUCAUGGUUAUUUAAUCGAUCAGUUUCUCAAGGACGAAGCCAAUGAUCGCACUGACAAGUACGGUGGGAGCCUUGAGAACCAUUGCCGAUUUGCGCUAGAAGUAGUCCAAGCUGUAGCUGACGAAAUUGGAGCUGAUAAGGGAACAUUCAUCGCAGAUGGCGAUUAUGAUAGGGAGGAUGGGAAUGAAGCAAUUUCCACUAGUUAUGCUGAUUUAAUUGCAUAUGGGCGUUGGUUUUUGUCUAACCCUGACCUCCCUCAAAGAUUUGGAUUAGAUGCUCCUCUCAACAAGUACAACAGAAGUACUUUCUACACCCCUGAUCCAGUAAUCGGAUACACUGAUUACCCAUUUCUCUAG